AUGAGUCCUGAGGAUACUUCCAUCCCAAUUCGCGAGCUGACCCGCUCAGCCGCUCCGUCCCCUCCCAACGCCCAAGUCGCUUUUGCGGAAAGCGAGCCAUCGUCUUCGACCGGUGGUGGUGACUCACGCUUUACCGCGGCCGAACUGGCUCUCCUCAAAUCCGCCGCAGGACGCCUCCGCGAGCACGGCAGCGCACUCCGCGCAGAGAUCGAGAGCGACCCCCAGAUGUUCGUCGCUCUGGAGAGGUCAGCCUCCCACCGCGCCCGCUGCCGUGCCGAGAACGACUGCUUGCACGACCUUGCUGGAAACCCGUGCGGCAGCAGAAUCGCCUCUGAAUACCGCAUCUGUGUCGAGGGCGCGAAGAGCUGGAACCACUGGGCGCCGACGAAGCACUACUACCACACGGGCUGUUUCGCGCGUAUGAUGGACCUGCCCCCGAUGAUUCGCGAUGGAAAUUUCCGUCUCCGGGAAGAACCAUGGGGUUUGAUGAUUCGGAAGUGGUACGAGAACCGGGGACGCGUGGAUCUAGACAAGAUCCAGGAAUAUAUCGAGGCACAUAAGGCCUAUAAGGAAGUCCACACGGAGUACAGUACCGAGUGGAUUGAAUGGCAGAUUAAGCAUGGCGAUUCUUGCAACGAGAAUGAGAGAUGCGAGUGCCCGCCAAAGCCAAAUCCUCCUGAAGAGCCGGUGUUGAGGGAUUACAAGACUGCGGAGGGUCAAGUCUGUGGGCUAUCGGAUCUCCUUCGUCACGAGAAUCUCGAGGACAUGCGCGAAGAGCAGUGGGUUACCUUGGGGCCCGAUGGGCGUCGUGUCAGACUCGUCAGGCCUGAGAAGGAGGAUGAUAUCGAGUAG